AUGGCAACAGCAACCAAUAAAGUACAAUGUUUUGUGUGUAACAAAGAAAAAAAUACAUACAAUUGUAAAGGAUGUUCAAAAGAAUUCUGUUUUCCUCAUUUAACAGAACAUCGACAAAGCAUCAACACACAAUUAGAGGCAAUUAUUAAUGAUCAUGAUCAAUUUCAACAAACAAUUAUUCAACAAAAACAAAAUCUUCACAAUUCUUCUUUAAUUCGACAAAUUAAUCAAUGGGAAAAAAAUUCAAUUCAUCACAUUCAACAGACAGCACAACUAUGUCGAAAAACAGCGAUGAAAUUAACACAAAAAUCAAUCAGUGAUGUGGAAAAAAAGUUUAUUGAAUUAUCUAAGAAACUGAAAGAAAUUCGUGAGGAAAAUGAAUUUAAUGAAAAUGAUUUAAAGCAUUUUCAAUUAAAAUUAACACAAAUUACAGAAGAAUUUCUUCAACCGUUAGAUAUUUCUAUUCGACAAGAUUUACAAGAAUUUAUUAGCAAAAUUUCAGUUAAUAUUUCAUCAUUCGAAACAAAACUCAACAAAUGGAAACAAAAGGCUAGUACUGUGGCUGGUGGAAAUGGACAUGGACUAGAAUUAAAUCAACUUCAUCACCCUCGCGGAAUCUUUAUUGAUGAAAAGAAUAACAUUUUCACUGCUGAUUUUUUCAAUCAUCGUGUUGUUGAAUGGAAAUGUAAUGCAAAAGAAGGACAAAUCAUUGCAGGUGAAAAUGGUAGAGAAAAUCGAAUGAAUGAAUUGAAUUAUCCAACACAUAUGAUUGUUGAUCAACAAAAUCAUUCGAUCAUCAUUGCUGAUUGUGGAAACAGACGAGUGAUUCGAUGGAUGAAUCAAAAUCAGCAAAUACUCAUUGAAAAUAUUUACUGCUGUGGCUUGGCAAUGGAUAAGUAUGGAUUUCUUUAUGUUUCUGAUUGGAAGAGGAAUGAAGUGAGACGAUGGAAAAUGGAAGAAUACAAUAACGAAGGAAUAAUAGUGGCAGGUGGAAAUGGACUAGGAAAUCAACUCAAUCAACUCAACUGUCCAAAUUUUAUCUUUGUUGAUGAUGAUCAAUCUGUUUAUGUAUCAGAUUUUAACAAUGAUCGUGUGAUAAAAUGGCGAAAAGAUGCAAAAGAUGGAAAAGUUGUGGCUGGAGGAAAUGGUCAAGGAAGAAAUCUUAAUCAAUUGUCUUGUCCUCAAGGAGUAAUUGUUGAUGAUUUGGAUCAGAUCUAUGUAGCAGAUAGUGUGAAUAAUCGAGUAAUGCGUUGGAGUGAAGGAAAAGAAGAAGGUGAAGUUGUUGUUGGUGAAAAGGGAAAAGGAAAUCAACCAAAUCAAUUGAAUUGUCCCUUUGGUUUGUCUUUUGAUAAUGAAGGAAACCUUUAUGUUGUUGAUUGUUGGAAUCAUCGAAUUGAAAAAUUUAAAAUAAUAUUGUGA